AUGGAGGGAGAUCCCGAGUACAUACCAUUACCGCCUAGAGUCCGACCUUUCAACUCGGAGAGAUACCGUCCUGAGGCGUAUGCACUACUGCCCAGUACAGUCCGUCAUUUCAGCAGAUUUGCACGAGGUGCACCAGCAGAUCUCAUACUGCGAGAGCCAGAGUCUCACUUGUCUCAUGGUGCCUCCAAGUUUACACCUUUGCACUGUAUUUCAUCUGCUCAUUCUGAACACAUGUACACACUGUCACACCUCUACCGACAGGGCCGGCGGCGACAGAAGCAGGACCAUCAGCGCCCCCCUCCAGUAGCAUGGAGAGAGAGACAGGCUCCGACACGCGGCCGAGGGAGACAUCGGGAGCCUAUCAUAUGCGAUGAUGAUGAGACCAGUGAGACGAAGGAGAUUGGCGAUCAGCAUGACGAGUCAUCCGAGAGCGGAGACGAUGAUGCUGACUCAAAUUCCGCUAGUGGAGAUGAGGCUGAGUCAGGUUCAUAUGCAGAGGAUGACAACUCGGGUUCCAGUUCUGUCACACCUCUACCGACAGGGCCGGCGGCGACAGAAGCAGGACCAUCAGCGCCCCCUCCAGUAGCAUGGAGAGAGAGACAGGCUCCGACACGCGGCCGAGGGAGACAUCGGGAGCCUAUCAUGCGCGAUGAUGAUGAGACCAGUGAGACCGAGAAGAUUGGCGAUCAGCAUGACGAGUCAUCCGAGAGUGGAGACGAUGAUGCUGACUCAAAUUCCGCUAGUGGAGAUGAGGCUGAGUCAGGUUCAUAUGCAGAGGAUGACAACUCCGGUUCCAGUUCUGCAUCAAAUUCAGACAAUGGCGCAGAUGGGGAUAGCUCUGCAAAGUCUGCUCCGUCGAGGAAGAGGACGAAGAAGGCCUUUAGAGCUUGA